AUUGGAUUUUUUCCAAAGCGUUUGAAAAACGCGUAAGGUUGAGAAAAGAAAGCGUGUUCCUGCUUUAUUCAUCGUUCGAGAUCUCCUUCACUCACUCACACAGACUUUAAAAAAGAAUGACCGCCACUGUUAGCCAACCUGCUCAGAAUGCAGCUACCGAUGCCCCUGUCGAGAACGGCGCAAAGACCUCGGGCGGCAUUCCAUCACAGGACGUCGGCCUCAUCUUUGUGCGCGAAUAUUAUACAUUUCUCAACAAGAAUCCUCACAAACUGUAUGGUUUUUACGGUAACGACUCGCUUAUGGUGCGCGGUGACGAAGGCGAAGCAGCGCUGACAAUCCGUGGUACAGAGGAAAUUCGCAAAAAGAUCGAUGAAUUGGGCUUUAACGAUUGCCGAGUGCUCGUUACGCAAGUGGACAGCCAGGUGUCGGCAAGCAAUGGUCUUCUCGUUCAGGUUUUGGGAGAAAUGUGCAACACGAAUGCGCCUGUUCAAAAGUUCAGUCAAACGUUCUUCCUAGCACCACAAACCAAUGGAUUUUACGUACUCAACGAUAUCUUCCGCUGCCUGAAGGAUGACGUGGAAAUUGAUUAUUAUACCUGCGAUGAAAAUAACAACAAGCAAACAACUACUACACAUCAUCAUCAGCAGCAGCAGCAGCAGCCAAAGGAAGUAGCACCAGCGGCAGUAGCAGAACAGCAACAGCAACAGCCAGAGACACCUUUGCCUGCAUCGCAAACGUCAGCCGCAUCCACUACUGCUCCGGCUAGUGCUGCACCCACUAUUGCUACAACUGCCACUACCGUAACCACUACCGAGGCAGGAGAACUUGACAGCACUGCAGCAACCACCUCAUCCACGCCUGUCAUUGAAUCCGCUCAAACGCCCGUUGCUAUUGCUGCUGAAGAGCCCAAGGAGCCAGAGGAAAAGCCAGCAGCACAAGCUCAGCAACAGCAAGAAGAAAAGAUGAGCUCAGAGAAGAAGUCCAACACGCCACAAACAUGGGCUAACUUGGCUGCAGCUAGAAACGAACCACCAAAAUGGGGAGGUGCUGCUGCAGCUGCUGCACCUGCUACUCCCGAACCCAAAGGAUCAUCUGCACCGUCGACUGCGCCACAGCAGCAACAGCAGCAGCAGCAACAGCAGCAAUCGAAGCCCAAGAACCAUGAGCAUCGUGAGCCAGUGCCAAAAGAAAUGACCGAAGUGUUCUUGAAAAACACAAAGAACUUGACGGUGGAACAGGUCAAAGAAGUGUUUGGAGCCGAGUUUGGAGAGGUCAAGUCGGUGACGUUGAACCCACCACCACGCAACAAUGGCUUUUUGAACUUUGCUGUGCCUGAAUCAUGCCAAAAGGCACUCGGCCAGCGCAAGGUGACCGUCGGUGAAACCACGGUACUCGUCGAGGAACGCCGUACGCCAACCAACAAGUUCAACCGUCAGAACGGGGGCCCUUAUAGCGAGCGUAAAUACCAGCAGAACCAACAUCGUCGCGGUGGUGGAGCACCUCGUGGCGGCGGUAACAAGUCUCGUGGAGGUGGAAACCAAAAGCAAUAGUUUUCUUUUUCUUUUCACCUACUUGCCAAUCUCUUUACGCCUCCCCCUCCCCUCCCCGACACACACACACACUCAAUGCUUCUCUUCCUUUCGUUCUCCCUUUUUUUCCUUUCUACAUAUGCACACGUACCCAACCAAAUCCAUGAUUGCUACAUACAUCACCCACCCUUCUUUUUCUCUGUUGACAACGAAACAACCAUCAACACACUUACUCACUUACCAAUCCAACAAGACCACAACACGUGCGCACAUACAA